GACUGCUUACUAGUACGUUAUAACUUCACUUCUCACGCUGUACACUUAUGUGUAUAAAUUUUUUACUGUCCGAUUCAGGAAAUUUCAGCAAUGAUGCCUUUUUUCCUCUCUGCCACAACUAUGACUGUACUAUUCGGAUUGUUUGGAAUGCUGUCAGCUCAGUCAGCGGACACUGCGCAAUCCUUGUUGAGCAUUCUCGGAUCGCCCAAGGCGCCUUAUGCAUAUAAGGUGUACAAGGUGGAUGGCUUCAAUGAUGCACAGCGUCAAUAUUCCAUGUUCCUGGUGGCCAGAAAGCGGACUGACAUCGAAACAACAACAACAACGACCACGACAACGACGACCACGCCGACAACGACGACAAAGCCUACCACGCGGCCCACGACGCCGAAACCUCAACAGGGAAGUCAGCCGUUGAAUUUGCAAACGCUGACGGCACUUUUCAAUCUUUUCGCUCAUCGCGAUGUGCAACAGAAGAAGACAUAAUUUGUUUGUGGGACUGAUCAAAUCGGGAACUGAAAAUUGUUUUACUCAGCGAGUUACCCGCAAUAUCACAUUAAUUUUCCGUAGAUGCGAAGCUGUUUCGAUAAGCCGUUUGUACUUAUACACAUUUGUAUCAGUACUUAUUGUAAAUUGUAAUAAAACGUUUUUAAUGCGGGGAAAACUCGGUUAUCUUCGUUAGAAAGCCUCAGUGGACUUUUCUGUUUGUGUUUGUAACGAGCUAAUGAUGCUCGUUUGUUUUAAUAGAAAUGACGCUCUAACAGUUCUAAUUUUAUCAUUAAAUACUGAAUGGAGCAACAGCGUUAAACGAGAUUUUGUUACUGUGAUUAACUGUUUUUGUUCUAUGUUCAGUGUAUUAAAUACUUGUAUAUUUUUUGUAGAAGGGUUACCGUAAUUAACAUUUUGCUUGUUUAAUGUUGUAACGAACUGGUGGUACCCCAUUUUUCCAGCGAUGUG